AUGGGAAAUGGGUACGACUAUGGCGUUCGAAAGAAGUCGACGCUUCACUUGCUGCUGCGCAUGUGUGCUGGCAUCCAAAUCUUGUCAAGGUGUUGGCCGGCAUAUCCCGGCCGAGAUGACUACCCAGCGGACUGCGGAGCUUGUCGCUGCUCCCACCCCUACCAGAGCUCGGAGGGCAUCCAUCUCCCCGACAGACUGCGGACUUUGAUGUGUGGUCGCCAUUUUUGCCAGAACCUGGAGGGCAUCCAUGGGGCCAGCAUUCUGCAGAGUACCUUCGGCGACGCGUUCAACUGGAGCCUGGAGGGCGCUCAGCUACCCAGCAGCUUGCGGAGUUUGACGUGUGGUCGCCAUUUCUGCCAGAGCCUGGAGGGCGUCCAACUGGCCAGCAGUCUGCAGAGUUUGACGUUCGGCCACGCGUUCAACCGGAGACUGGAGGGCAUUCAGCUGCCCAGCAGCUUGCGGAGUUUGUCGUUUGGCUAUGAGUCCAACCAGAGCCUGGAGGGAACCCAAGUGUCCAGCUGCCCCAACUGUCCAGCUGCCUGCAGAGCUUGA